CCUGCCACGUUGUACUGCCAUGUUUCUACAGUAGCCUGGAAUGGACAAAUCAAACUGGCUCUAGAGAGGGCCUUUUGCGGUUUUCAUGAGUUUUACAGCCACCGUAGUUUCUCCUACAUGCUUGGGAGGGGAGGGGGGAGGGGGGAGGGGUUGUCAAUUGGUUGAAAUUUGCAACCUCACUGCUCAAAUCCCCUAAAUCCUACAUCCUGGUCCUUUUGAAAGUACUGUACAGUGUUCUUUGUUUUUGACUGAUGCAAAUGAAUAAAGGGGCUUAUGCAGAGUAGAGCAGCUGUUAGCUGUUUUGCAUCCUCCUCAGUGCUCUUGUUGCAUUUAAAAGUCCUGUAAAAAUGGUUUUGAGAUCAUCUGUUCUGUGGCUGCAGUGGAGCCUAAAAUUGAGAGGGACUGCAUUUUAAUCAGUGUUCAUUUUGAUUUUUUUAAUGGUUUAAUUUUUAAACUUGAUGUCAGUCAUGCUGCCAAAUUGUUGACAAAAACUGAAAUUUGUUUCUUGGUUUUCAACGACAUUUAUUUUUAUGUUUUGUCUGAAUAGUAAUUCUGAUUUUAAUUGGGUUAAAACGAGCUCCAGUUUGGUUGGUUGUUAGCAAUAAUUAAGGAAGAUGUUAUUACCAAGGACCAUGUCUUUUAACACGAGUCACUGCCAUUCAUUUGUUUAAAAAAAAAACUAAAUUUGUGAAACUUGAAUGGUAUUUUACCUCCAUUAAUGUUGCUGUAUUACUCUGCCAUAGCUCAUGCAAAUUCAGACGUUUUUAUUUGCAUGUCUGUCGGUAAGAUCCAUAGGCCCUAAAUGUUUCUGUCCAGCUCUGAUCAGAGUUGCUAUGCAAGCGAAAUUAAAGAUAAAAACAGAAGAACAAAUGUAGUGAAAAAUGCAGGUUUAACAGAAAUCACACGUUGUCAGUGGGGCUUUUUUUUUUUUUUUUUACUCCCAUUUUUUAAAAUUUUAUUUUCAUCACAAAGCUGUAAGUUUAUUUCUUUUUUUAUUUCCAAGGAUACUGAAACUCAUUAGUGUCACUUCUUCCAUGGCGGUGAUGCUGUUCGCAGGGAACAAUUACUGUUGUUAUUUUUGUUAAAAUCAACACUAGAUUUGGUGGCCGAGGGGCUGGCUGGAUCACCCCACAAGCUAAAUCCCCUGUUCUUUUAAAGGAGGGACGUAGUUUAGUUCUUAUCAGGCCUUAAAAAGAAAUCACUGUGUCAUUAAUUAGUUUGCCCCAGCACUUCAUUUUGUUGUGACCCGUCUGUCAUUUUAAUAUAACCACUUUCUUUUUUUUUUUUUUUUUUACACUGCCAAAAAAAAAAAAAAAAAACUACUUUAAGGCAUUUCUUUGUUUUUAUUUCUGUAUCCGUAUAGAUUAUUAUGGGAACUUAGUUUUUUAAAAGAGGUAUUUCUAUUUUUCAUUGUCUUUUUUUUUUUUUUCAUGGAUUUUUUUUGUACUAAUUUUUCAUUUUGUUAAUUAAAGCUCUAAGGAAAAAAUAAAUGCGUAAAGUGAAACUGUUCCUUGUCCUCUGUUAAUACAACAUAUGCAAAUGUUGUUUAUUUUGCCUUUGCAUUUCUGCAAAACCAGGUUGAUGGGUAGUCAUCUGACCUGAUUGAAUGGAGCCUUGUGCUGCUAGUCAAAUGUGCUGUUUUAUUACCUGUUAUUGGAAGAGGUGUGUUUUGUGUUUUAUAUGAUCUCAUCUUAUACCGAGAGAUCAUUUCCUUCUGUUGAGAGCAACAGAUCAGAGGAUGCCCCUGUAGCCUCGUAGCUGUGAUCUGGUGAAAUUGUGUAGGAUCCACUGGAAACCAACAUGGGAAAGUUAUCUUUCCAGGUUAAAAUCUGUAUUUUAAGUUGUUGGGCUCUGCUGUUGAUGUGCAGUGUCGCAAGUCGAGAGUACUUCCACCAGGACCAAACUCUCCCCUGGGAUAAUGCCAGGAAUCACUGCCAGGUCUGUUUCAAAGACCUGGUAACACUGACCCCUGAUAACAUCCAGGCCAUCGCCAAGGAUCUCACCUCUGACUACUGGAUCGGCCUCCGCAAGAGCUUCAGCAACUCCACCGGCAACUCCACCAGCAACUCCAGUAUGCACUGGACCCACUGGGCCAACAAGGAUCCCCUCACCUUCCAGAACUGGUACCCUGGUUGGCCAAAGAUAGCCAGAGUCUAUGGGUGCAGAUGCUCCUGCAUCUACUCAAAAAUGACAACCUCUCAUAUGACCUCAGCUCCAUCCACGAUGACCACGAGGACGCCAUACUCAGAAGUGACAACCUCUUAUGACACCUCAGCUCCAUCCACGAUGACCUCGGAGGCGCCGUACUCAGAAAUGACAACCUCUGAUGACCCCUCAGCUCCAUUUGCGAUAACCUUGGAAGCGCCGUACUCAGAAAUGACAACCUCUUAUGACACCUCAGCUCCAUCCACCAUGACCUCGGAGACGCCGCGCUCAGAAAUGACAACCUCUGAUAAAACCUCAGCUCCACCCCCGAUGAGCACACAGACGUCAGAAGAAGCAACUUGUAAUUCAGAUAUAAUACCACUGGUACUCAACAUCGAUGAGGACAACGAUGAAGACUCUUGUGUGGCCAUGCUCAGCUUUGGGGCUUGGGUUGUAAGAAACUGCUCAGAGCCUCUGCGUUUUAUUUGUUAUGAAGAUCCUUUCAUUGGUAAAGUCAACGUGACCGACUUGACUUCCACCAGCGUCAGCUUCACAUGGCUGGAGGCGCCUGGUGACAUCAGCCAUUACCGUGUAGAAAUCCAAGGUGACAAGAAUCUGACAGCCAACGCAACUGAUAUGAUGCAUGUCUUUGAAAACCUGACAGAAGGCACCCCCUACGUAAUCAAGGUUUUCCCUGUGAAGUGUGGGAGAGACCUCAACCCACAGCAGCGCCACAUCCACACCUUACCUAACAAAAUCAAAUCCAUUGACGUCGUCAAGGUGACAGAAACCUCUGUCUUCCUGAACUGGAGCAAACCAGAUGGAAACGUGGAAUUCUAUCAAGUCGAGUACCUGGAUAAGCAUUUGAACAUUUCCACAGCACCCACAAACAUCACCAACUUGAUACCUGGAAGCCGCUACACAUUCAAAGUCUACUCAGGAAUCGACAAAGACAAUCCUAAACUGAGCAAAGCAACUGACAGAGCAACAUAUACCAAGCCCGGGAAAGUGACCAACCUGAAAGUGUCUGACAGUACCAAACACUCAAUGCUGCUUCAGUGGGAUCCGCCCGAAGGAGUUUACACAGGUUUCUGGGUGAUGGCUGUGAAUCACACUAAAGAACCAUUACUUACGGAUAAGAAAGAAAUUAAUGUAACCGGGCUGCCGACGUGCACAGAAAUAACGCUCAGCGUGGUGGCACUGGCCAAUGACACUGUGGAGGGAGACAAAGUGACGGUGGUCAGCUACACUGAACCUGAACCAAUUUCAAACCUGAAAUUGAAGGCAGGAUUUGACUCAAUCCAUGCCAGUUGGGAAUAUCCUUCGGGCAAUUGUUCAUUUUUCAAUGUUACGCUCUGUCUUUAUGGCCAAAAUCAACACGUGGGCAACGUAACACAACAAUACACGAACUUUGACACAUUGAAGAGCGCAGCCGAGUACACAGUGACGGUCUCCAGUAUUAGCGGACAUAUCAGCAGCUCACCAGUGUCAAAGACUGUCUUCACCUUGCCGCGGCCGCCUACUAACCCCAAUGUCACAAAUCUCAAUGCAACCCAUGUGAACUUCACGUGGACUGCCCCUAAUAACACAGCGACUGCCAAGUACAGAGUCAUUGUCAACUCCAGCUUCUGGGGCCAGAAUUGGACUGUUUCUGUGAAAGACGAAACCAGCAUCAUAUUAGGUCCUUUAAAGUCAGGGACCAAGUAUGACUUCGAAGUACGAACAAGCGCUGAAAGUCUAAGCGAGCCUGCAUCUGAGAUACAUUAUACAGUCGCUGACUUUAGGGAGAUCACUCUGUCUAUGAUGUGCUCUUCAAAAGAGUCUCUGCUCUGUGAUAGAAACGGCACAAAGAAACAUGUGUUUGAAGAGUUGACACAACAUUUCCAUAGUGUGUUGGGGGACAAUAUUAACUGGACCCUGGCGCGGAUGACUGGAAACUCAGGGACAAUAGAAACAUAAUGUCAACAUGUUCAUGCUAAAAGCUUUUGGCAGCGUACUGCUGCUCAGAAAAUAGAAUAUCAAGCAGCUGUGUGUGUGAUAUUUAGUCAGUAGGAAUAAGAGUUAUCAUUUUGUUUGGUGUGGUUUUAAAUCUAGUUACAGUUCAUCAAAUAUGCAUCAACUGACUGUGUUUCAUAUUCAAAAUUAUAAUCAUAAACAUUUUUCAGAAGUACUGUUUACAAUAUAUUUAAUACUAUUGCUUCUUUACAUUUACUUUAUUACUUUUUUUUCCUUGUUGGUUUUUGUGUAUGGGAGCCCAUAUCAGGAAGAAAAAAAAAAAAAAAGAAA